AUGUCAAGCUUCGAAGUUAACGGUGGAGUCGUCGACGUCUACGAGCCGUCCUCAGAGGAUCUGGUGAGAGGUGUGAGAAGCAAGAGUUCUGUGAAAUCGAGUAAAUCUUCACGGUCCGACAAAAGGACUAUUUGCCAUUGCGACGAAUCCCGCGAAUCUCGAAGUUCGGCUAAAGCGAAAAAGCAAAGGAGAUCUCGCUCGAGGUGUAAAAAGUCCGCGAGAAGAGAUAGCGAAAGGAAAAAGAAGCUUUUAGCGCCACUUUGCAUAUGCGUCAGAGGAACUCGAUCCAUUUCACCGCGUUCGAGCUGUGAAUGUCCUUCGAAGUGCAGAUUUCUUUCGAAAUACGACGAUUGCUGCUGCUUGAAAAAUAAGAGAAAGCAGAGGGAAAACAAUGAAACGGGGAACAAUAGAAGAAAUUCCAACGAUUCAGGACAUCGAAUUUCCAGGGAAAUAAACUCUCCCAACAAAUGUCCUUGCACCCCGACGCCAAAGCCACGUCGGAAUAUAUUUGUCAGAGGAUUCUCCAAUCUGCGUAAAAAAAUGCGGAAAUCAAAUUCUUCCCGAUGCGAAUAUUCUGUAUGUAAUAAUCCGCGCGAAUGCAGAAAGUGUCCUGUUAAAACAUGUUGCGCUAAAAAUACUUCGAAGGAACGAAAUCGCAGUACGCCUGUAAAUAUACAUAAAAUAGAUAAACAACACUAUAACAAUAUCCAUACAGUGAACUUGAGAAUACUCUGA